AUGGUCAUUUGCGAGGAAGAAAUGUCAGUAUACAUUCAAAAUGGACUAAGAAAAAUUGCUCCAUAUUAUAACGCAAGAUCAUCAUUCGUCAAAGGAAGAUGGUUCGGAAAAUCAUUAACCCAGGUGUUCAUCGACGAGUUCUCCCAAUCGCAAGAAGAAGCCGAAGCAAAAAUUGCCGAGGGAUCCAUCAAACUUCUGAGAGAGGGCAAGCCGCUAAAUGGAAAUCCUGUCAUCAAGAAUAAAGAUAUCUUGGUCACAUACCAACACAACCAUGAGCCUCCCGUGAAAUACUGGGGACCACCUAUUACGGACGAAAAACACGUAGUCGGAAUUCCUGUGGUUCAUCAAAAUGAAGAGCUUUUGGUCAUCAACAAACCAAGUGGAAUUCCUGUUCAUCCAACUGCUUAUUUUUACAAAAACACCCUAACGGAAUUAUUAAGAGAUCAUUUGGGUUAUCCAGUACAUCCAUGCUAUCGUUUAGACAAGAUCACCUCUGGUUUGCUAAUUCUCGCAAAAAAUCCUUUGGAAGCCAACAGGGUGCAGUCCAAAAUCAGAGAUCGCGAUAUGAAAAAAUAUUACUUAGCUAGAGUGAAUGGAAGGUUCCCAGAUACAGCAGUCGAUAAGUCACCAAUAUACACAUGUGAUUUGAGAAUACGUUCAGAACCUUUUUCCCAGCUGAAAGAUGCACACACAGAGUUUGAAUUGAUGAAGUACGAUGCUAAGAAGGACGAAUCUAUUGUCCUGUGUAAGCCAUUCACCGGCAGAACCCAUCAAAUCAGAAUCCAUUUGGCAAGAUUGGGCCACCCUAUUGUGAAUGAUCCUUUCUACAAUUUGAAAAAUUCGACAUAUCCUUUGAGAUCAAGAUUCAUUAUUGAAACCCCAGAUUGGACCCAACUGACAACGGAAAGAAUUGAAAAAUUGAGGAAACGUUUUGAAAUGGAACUUGAUGAUGUUUGGGAUGAUUUGAAUGAAGACCAACCAAGAUGCGAAAAGUGUAAUGAAGAAAUGCCAAAAGAUCCUACCCCGGAAUCACUAGAGCUUUAUCUACAUGCAUGGAAAUAUCAUGGUUUAGACAUUGAAUUCGAAACAGAGCUACCAUCUUGGGCUGCCGUCGACGAGUAA